AUGGUGUUCCUCACGUUUGUGUCCACAGACUCCUAUAAAAGAAUGGCUUUUAGAAAUGGCUCAUUCAUCACCGAGUUCAUUCUGGUGGGGCUAACAGAACUUCCAGGUCUCCAGCUUCCUCUGUUCGUUCUGUUUCUGUCAACAUACAUGGUCACUGUAUUGGGAAAUUUGGGGUUGAUCAUUCUAAUCGGUCUGAAUUCACACCUUCACACCCCCAUGUACUUUUUCCUCUUUAACUUGUCCUUCAUAGACCUCUGUUAUUCUACUGUGUUUACACCCAAAAUGCUGAUCAACUUCAUCCUGGAGAAGAAUACUAUCUCUUAUGUGGGGUGUAUGACCCAACUCUACUUUUACUGUUUCUUUGUCAUUUCUGAGUGCUAUGUGUUAAUGUCAAUGGCCUACGACCGCUACGUGGCCAUCUGCAAUCCACUCCUGUACAACAGCGCCAUGUCCCCUAAAGUGUGCUCCUACCUCAUCCUUGCUUCCUACUUGAUGGCAGUGUCUGGUGCUGCGGCCCACACUGGAUUCAUGCUGAGACUGACCUUCUGUGGUGCAAACACCAUCAACCACUACUUCUGCGACAUCCUCCCUGUGAUGCAGCUCUCCUGCACCAGCACCCACGCCAACGAGCUGGAGGUGCUUAUCGUAGCGGGCAUCAACAUUGUCGUGCCCAGCAUCUCCAUCCUCAUUUCCUAUGGUUUCAUCCUCUCCAGCAUCUGCCGUAUCAGCUCCUCUGAGGGCAGAGCCAAAGCCUUCAGCACCUGCAGCUCCCACAUCAUUGCGGUGUCUCUGUUCUUUGGAUCAGGUGCCUUUAUGUACCUAAAGCCAUCGUCUUCUGGGUCUAUGGAUGAGGGGAAAAUCUCUUCUGUCUUUUACACCAACAUGGUUCCCAUGAUGAACCCCUUAAUCUACAGCUUGAGGAACAAAGAUGUCAAAGUUGCCUUGAGAAAAACUCUAAGCAGAAAAAAGUUUUGA